GCGUAGGCGAACAUAUCGAGUUGUCCUGUCGAGAGGAACAGUUCAUCGCCAGUCAGUCAGUCAGUCCGUUUGAAGAUCUUGUGAAAUCAAGAAGGAACUGGGAAAUAGUGAAGAGAAAAGCAUCAGAUUGAAAAUGUCUUUCACUAUAGAAUUAAAUCCACCUGGGCCUGAAGCUAGGGCCCUGGCCGAGAAGGAACUCCGGGAGACCGACGAGAACGUGAAAAAGGGCAUCGAAACUCUAAGGAAACUCCUCGAAGAGGACAAGACGAUUUUCUACAGCACCGAUGAUGAUUUCCUCAUGAUCUUCCUCCGGCCAUGCAAAUUCUACCCGGAGAGUGCCUUACAGCUCAUGAAACGCGUCGCAGAGUUCAAGGACAAGAAUGCAGCUUUGUUGAACAACCUGAUGCCGAACGAUGAGAAGGAAGGCUUCAUGGAGCAUAAUAUCAUUAACGUGAUGAAAGGUAAAGAUCAUAAACAUCGCAGAAUACUGAUGAUGAAUGUCGGCAAACCUUGGGAUCCUUCUAAGAUCACGUGCGACCAGAUGUUCCGAAUGCUUUAUCUUAUCCACGAGCUGGCUAUGCAGGAACCCGAGUCACAGAUUUACGGUAGCGUGGUGAUAAUGGAUUUCGAUGGGCUCUCCAUGAAACAAGUUAUGGGACUGACGCCAACUUUCAGCAUGAGAUUGCUUACUUUUAUUCAAGAUGCUAUGCCACUGCGCUUGAAGGAGGUUCAUAUUGUGAAGCAACCGUUCCUGUUUAAUAUGGUAUGGCAAAUGUUCAAACCGUUCGUCAGAGAGAAAUUGAAGAAGCGCAUGUUCUUCCAUGGUACCAAGAUGUCAUCUCUUCAUUCUCAUAUCCCUGCAACUCAUCUACCGAAAAAUUACGGCGGUGAAUUACCAGAGAUAGAUUACACCGGCGCUGACUGGUAUCCAGAAAUGAUCAAACACGAGCAAAAAAUUCGAGAAUGGAACACAUACGGAUCUCGCAAGGAUUAAUAAUCCUCGUUCUCGUGGCCUUAUGAAGUGAUAUUAUUAAAUAUUUUUUUAGAAUUCGAUAUAGAUAGGAUUUUGAAAAAUAUAAUGUACUUUAUAUGAUGUAACAGUACAAUAUAUAUUUUUAUACAUAUAUUUCAUACGUGUUUAAAAUAAUUUUUUACUGAUAGAUAAUGAUACAUAGUUAUAGAAACGAAUAAACUUAAUUGCAGUAAUUCACAAACUUAUAAAUAUAUUCGAAAUUUUUAUUUACAUUAACCGACAUUAAAUUUACAAUAUUAGGUGUGCUUGCAAAAAUUCGUAAAAUUACCUUUAAAUGUAACGUUCUCUUCGAAACUAUGAAUUAUCAACCUGUCAUCCAUUCUGAUCGAAUAUAGUCAACAAUUAAAAACUAAAAAGGAACUUAAGGAAAAAAAUUAUUAAAUCGCCGCUACAGUUCAUAAUUUUACGAACUUUUGCAAACAUAUGUUAUAAUAUAUAUGUUCCGUACUUUUAUAUAUAUCGCUUUUUUUUAUUAUGAUUUCGUUUGGGUAUUUCGCGGCGUUAUACGUCACUGGGCUAUUGUCGCCGUUUCGUUGUUUUUCCCGAGUCGCGCGGCGCGAACGCGAGCUCGUAGAACCAGAACGAGUCCGUACGGGCAUGCGAACAGAAGCAGAAGCAGCCCAAGUAUAUUUUUAUAUAGUGCGAUUAGUGGACUGUAAAAAGUAAAAUCGUUUGUGCUCUAAAUAUAAUAAGUAAAACGAAGCUCAAAAUAUUUUCUCGCCCCACCUGGAAAUACGUGGAGACGAGGGCGUCAUUACAGACGCGGCGGAUCGACACGACACAGGGUCGUGGCUCGAUUGCAUCGAAAGGUGCGACACCGCGCACGAGGCACGGAAGCUUCACAAAACAAUAUAAUAUGUAGAACAAUAUGUAGAAUGCACUGUUUUAUACAUCAUACAUUGUUAUAACAUAUUUUGUAAUAUUGUAACUGCAAUUAAAUAACUGCAAUUAAGUAUGCUAUGUUGAACUUGAAAAUUAAUAAAAAAACGUAUGGGUAUU